GAGGCUUGGAGGGAAGAGGAUGGAUCCAGCCUCACCAAUUGGGCCAAGUAGCUUCUGGAGCAGCUGAAGCUGGAAACCCUGGGAAUCCAGACCCCCAGAGGCUCCUUCAGGAACCCAGCCUGGACUGGCUCUGGAACCAAGAUGACUAUUCCCCAGGCCCUCCUGACCUGCCUGGGCAUCCUGCUGCUACUCAUCCCCAGGAAUCAGGCCCAGAUUCAUGCUCCACCUGGAUGCAGCCCAGAUCUCAACCCCCUCUACUACAAUCUGUGUGACCGCUCAGGGGCUUGGGGCAUUGUCUUGGAGGCUUUGGCUGGGGCUGGUGUUAUCUCUACCUUUGUCCUCACCAUCAUUCUGGUGGCCAGCCUUCCUUUCGUGCAGGACAGCAAGAAGCGGAAUCUGUUAGGGACCCAAGUGUUUUUCCUGCUGGGGACACUCGGUCUCUUCUGCCUCGUAUUUGCCUGUGUAGUCAAGCCUGACUUCUCCACCUGUGCCUCACGGCGUUUUCUCUUUGGGGUGCUUUUUGGCAUCUGUUUUUCCUGUCUGAGUGCCCAUGUCUUUGCCCUCAACUUCUUGGCCCGGAAGAACCAGGCUCCUCGGGGCUGGGUCAUAUUUACAGUGGCCCUGCUCUUGGCUCUGGUAGAGGUCAUCAUCAAUACAGAGUGGCUGAUCAUCACACUGGUCAGGGGCACGCAUGGAGAAUGGGGUGGUCUUAAUGGCAACAGCAGUGCCAACUGGGGGAAAGCAUCCCCCUGUGCCAUUGCCAACAUGGACUUCGUCAUGGCCCUCAUUUAUGUCAUGCUCUUGCUGCUGGCUGCCUUUGUGGGAGCCUGGCCCAUCUUGUGUGGCCGAUUCAAGCGUUGGCAGAAACAUGGGAUCUUUGUCCUGCUUACGACAGCUACCUCCAUUGCCAUUUGGGUGGUAUGGAUUGUUAUGUACACCUAUGGUAAUGAGCAGCGGAACAGCCCUACCUGGGAUGACCCCACCCUGGCCAUAGCCUUGGCUGCCAAUGCUUGGGCUUUUGUCCUUUUUUACAUAAUCCCUGAAGUCUCCCAGGUAACCAAGGCCAGCCCAGAGCAGAGCUACCAGGGGGACAUCUAUCCUACCCGGGGUGUGGGCUAUGAAACCAUCCUGAAGGAGAAGAAGGGACAGAGCAUGUUUGUGGAAAACAAGGCUUUCUCAAUGGAUGAGCCAUCCUCAGCCAAAAGACCUGUGUCACCAUACAGCGGGUACAAUGGUCAGCUGCUGACGAGUGUGUACCAGCCCACUGAGAUGGCCCUGAUGCACAAAGGCUUGUCUGAAGGGCCCUAUGAUGUCAUCCUCCCACGCGCCACUGCCAAUAGCAGUCAGGUGAUGGGCAGUGCCAACUCAACCCUUCGAGCCGAAGACAUGUACGCCACCCAGAGCCAUCAGGCAGCGUCACAGAAGGAUGGAAAGAACGCGCAGGCUGUGCAGAACCCAACACCUUUCCAGGCAUUGUAAUGCAAACUAUGAGGGAGCCCGGAUUCAGCAAAUCUGAAGCAGUGGACUUAGGCAGAUUGCCUACUUGCAAUGGAUGUCUAAUCUGGGAAGAGCAGGACUCACCUUUCCUUGAACCCUUUUUUUGCCUGUCCCUGAGCUUUUCUGUCUAUCAGGAAGCUGGGGGCCAUAAGGAUCAGUUCCUUCCCUCUCCCAUCCAAAAAACACCUUCUGGAGCCAUCCCCAGCUCUUCAGGAUGAAGGAAGGGUUCCUGUGGUUGUGUUUUCCUUUAGGUUACCUUAUCUACUGUGAGCUGACAUCUCAGGUGCCUCAUUCUUCUUUAGCCAACAUCAUGGGACCUUAUUAAUGUAAUCAUGUCCCUGGCUGCCCACUCCAACCCUCUCUCCUUCAACAAGCCGUGUAAUUCCUUUCUUUCAUUUGUUUUCUCUGGAGAGUAGGAGUGGGGAGGGCAAUGUUAGGCUUCUGGAACUGACUUGAACUGGGAGUGAUCCUCCAGGCAAAUAGUUCCAACCCUGCUCCCCCUGGGUUUAGUGUACUCAAUGAGGGGGAAUGGUCAUCAUUUGAAGGGAAGGAAGCAAAUGACCAGGGAUGAUGGGCAGGAAGCAAGGGCUUACAGCUAACAUUCUUCUGGAAAAGUAACAGCUUCUACUGUCAGAUUCACGUUCAUGCUCCCUGGGCCAUGGUUCCUGGAUUUGAGCCACUUCAGCGCUUCGUUCACUCCCCCAUCUUCCUUUGCCACUAGUCUUCUGGAUCAGAUUCACACCCCUGGGCCAUGAGGCUUUUGUACUGUCUGGCCCUCUGCUCUCUGCUCCAUCAGAGAAGAUGUUGACGACAUAGACUGUCUUACUUGGAAGCAGCCCCCUCUUGUUCUUCGUGAGAAACUUGGCCAAGAGGGGUAGGAAAUUUGCAGGGCUUGACUACUUGGGAGAUGCAGAGCUGCUGUUUGGGGGCUCAAUUUUUUUCCUGUGAAGUCUAUUCCCAUAUGCACCUCUUCACUUUCUUCUGGAACCCUGGUCAGUAUAAGUGGCCAGCUCCAACUGGAACACAUGGGACAGGAAGCAGUAGGAAGGCUUGAAUGAUUGGACAUCUCUGGGCUAAGACUGAAAGGGUCUGUAAACACACAUAAUAUGGGAGAAUGAACUAAAUAUAUUAUCUGGACAAAGGAAGGAUAGGAAUCAGAACUCAGGCUUAGGGCGUGGACUUUUUGUACUUGUAAAGUCUGGGAAUACACUUUGUUACUUCUUACUUGUCAGAUAUCAAAGGUCCAUACCUGUUUCAAUUUUUCUCUGGGUUGAGUCUCCACUGGGGGAAUAGGAAGGAGCCAGUUAUUUUGAAAUAAAAGGAGUAACUUCUCAAAUAGGAUCCACCCAGAAAAAUGAGUGGGAUGGGGAGCUUAAUGUCAUCUGGUCACCUAGGAAAUGGUAUCGUCAAUCCAAAGAUACAGAAGGAGUGAUCCUUGCUCCCUGACAGCUGGUUCCUGCUCCUGGUAAAGGUUUUCCUGUGAAACCUAAAGGAAUUUGUACCCUUAGCUUCCCUACCCCCACUAGGCCUCAGGUCCGUCCCACAUUGAGAUUCAGCUAUCCUACCAAGUACAGUGAGUAUCUCCACAUAUUCUCUUGCCUCCAGCACUCAAGUGCUUUUCUUUGCAAACAGUAUUUUUCUGGGACUACACUUAAUGAGCUCUAAUAUACGGAGAAGGGGAUCGGGGGGGGGGGGAAGGGUGGAUGGAUCAAGAACACAAGAAGAAGCCUGUGUAUUGAAUCUUUACUGGAUUGUACCUACUCUCCCUUCACCCCUUUAUUUUACCUGUACCCUGGGUUUUAUAUAUAGGUAGACCCAAGUAUUAAUUAUUCUCUAUGGGAAGGGGUAGAUGUGGGUUUGAAAGCCCCAUCCAUCCCUAAAUUUUCCUUGAUCUUAGUUAGUGGCCCAAAGAUCCCCUUGAGUGAAUAAAGUUUUACUAUGUUUUGUAUAA